CCUAGAGCCUGUCUCUUCUUGAGAAGCUGGGAUUUGAAGGAGCUAUUCUGAGAUCUGUGCUACUAUCACUAUAUGUAUGCCUUGUUCCCUGGGUCCUCGGGAAGCAUGAGUCUGUUGGGACUUGGGACAAGAAGAAAACAAGACGUCUUCACAAGGAAAAUCAGACACUAAAACCACCACCCCAGACUCUGCAGAGAGAACACAAACAUGACCGACAGUGGACUUGGGGAGCCCCAAGAGGACUCUCAAAAGGAUUUGCAAAGUGAUCCAUCAAUAAAUUCUCAGGCACAGGAGACCACAGUCACAGAAAGUACCACUGAAGAAGCUCAGACGCCACACCCUGCCUCUGGUCUUAACACAGACCACCAAGAGAUAGAAACAAUACAUCCAGAAAGUGCAGAUACAGUUGAUGAAUCAGAAAGUCCCGAUGAAACAAAUCUUGGGGACUAUCCAAAGGAUAAAACAGAAUGUGGGAACAACCAGAGCUCUCAGGAUGGAGAACAAGGGCAUCAGGUCCCUUCAGAAAGUCUGGGUGAAGAACCCUCAGAUCCAGAUCCUGACGGUUCUGCAAGUGGUAAGGAAGGAAGAGCAGACACACACUUAGAGAGCAGCUCUGCAGCUGUCCCUGAGGAAGUGAGUGACAGAAUUGGAGCUUCUCAGGAGCCAUCUGCUGCAGGAAUACAGGCGGCCCAGAGUCCUGGCCAUUCCGGGGUGGGUCUUGAGAGCCAGGAUACACUGAGGAGGCGACUGCUGCUACCAGAGGCUGAAAGUCGUCAACCAGAAACAGAAAAAUUGGAAGAAAACAAAGAGAAAGCACAAGAUGCCAUAAUAAAGAUUAGUAAAAAGGCUUUUUGGAGCUAUGGCCCCUUCCUUCUUGGCUUCCUGGUUGUGGCUUUUGUGCUAAGUUUUGUUAAUAGCUACCAUUCACUUCCAGCCCAGCAAGUACCCCAAAAUCCAGCUUUGGAGGCCUUCUUGGCUCAGUUCAGCCAGUUGGAGGGUAAAUUUCCAGGCCAGAGUUCCUUCCUGUGGCAGAGAGGACGUAAGUUUCUCCAGAAGCACCUCAAUGCUUCAAACCCCACUGAGCCAGCCACGGUCAUAUUUACCGCAGCUCGAGAGGGGAGAGAGACCUUGAAGUGCCUGAGCCACCACGUCGCAGACGCCUACACCUCUUCCCAGAACGUCUCUGCCAUUCAGAUUGAUGGGGCUGGAAGAACCUGGCAGGACAGUGACACUGUCAAGCUGCUGGUUGACCUGGAACUGAGCUACGGAUUUGAGAAUGGCCAGAAGGCUGCUGUGGUGCACAACUUCGAGUCCCUUCCCGCGGGCUCCACCUUGAUCUUCUACAAGUAUUGUGAUCACGAGAAUGCUGCCUUUAAAGACGUGGCCCUGGUCCUAACCGUUCUGUUAGAGGAGGAAACAUUAGAGGCAAGUGUAGGCCCAAGGGAAACUGAAGAAAAAGUGAGGGAUUUGCUCUGGGCCAAGUUCACCAACUCGGACACUCCCAGCUCCUUCAACCACAUGGACUCAGACAAACUGAGUGGGCUCUGGAGCCGCAUUUCUCACCUGGUCCUGCCGGUCCAGCCCGUGAGGAACAUAGAGGAACAGGGGUGCCUUUUGAAAAGCUAAGCUCAGAGUCGAUUAUAGAAGGCACAGGCUCAUGAAAAAGUUUAAAGGCCUUCAGAAAUAGCCUGAAAAGCACAAAUGAACUUAUGUUAGAAAAAAAGUUUUCAUUUUUUACUUUUUGUAAAAUCUUUCUAAUAAUCUAAGCCUCGACAAAGCUAAGAAUUGAUGACAUUUUUUCUUUGCCUUUUCAAGCAAAUCAGAUUUGAAAUACAGCAUGGUAUCUAUAACUGAGGAAUAUUUUAAAUUCCAAGAUACAGCAACAAAAUCAUUGCACAGGAAGAUCCUCUUACUUCUCAGAGUAACUACUGAGUGAUUUUUGUUUUCUUGAGUGAGACUCUAAAGAACCUUUUAGGUAGUGUUUGAAAUCGGACAAAAGUAAUUACAAUUAUGAAGCAAUGAUAAAUUUUAGAAAAUUUUUCAAUCACGCGUUAAGUAUUUUUAAAACUCACUUUAAUAAUGUAGUUGUGGGAUUAUAUCCUAUUCUAUUUGUAGUUUUGAGUAGUAUGAAAAAAGAAAAUCUAAAUUUAAACCAUCGAAGACUUAACCUAAAAACUUACUAUAUGUAAAGCACUGUGCUUUUUUUCCGUUAGAGCUAAGAGCAGCUGUGCUCCAAAAAUGUCCUGGGCCAGGUGUGGUGGCUCAGGCCUGUCAUCCUAGCACUUGGGGAAGCCGAGGCAGGACUGCUUGGACUGUCACCAGGAUCCUGGAAUGUAUUAAUUAAGUUUUGGCUUCUCUGUUUCUACGAUAAAUAUGUAUAUAUAUAUUUUUUAUUAAGUCAUGUGAUUAAAGUAUGGAAGGAUUUUAGGAAACACUAAGAAGGUAUCAGGCUCUUUAUUGAUACCUAAGAAGAUUACAAAGACGUGGGGAAGAAUCUAUUUGAAAAUAUCUGCCACUGGCAGGGUGCAGUG